AUGAAUGUCGCUCCCGUCCUACCUGCACAUGCUACUUCCUCACUAACGCUGCCCCGCCUCUCCUCUCACCUUGCCAAGCGGCAACUGCAUCACUUGCCACAUGCUAGUACUGUACUCCAGCCAAUUACGGUCAAGAGUGACCAAUUCGAUUUGCAUACGAGUGACUCAAUCUGCGCCGUGAUGGCCCAUGGUGCGUCGGGAGCGGUAGGCACCGCCGGCGACUUUACGGCAGAGAGCGCGCCGAGUGUUUCUCAGCCCAGCGCGGGGGGCGAGCAGAGCCGCCGCAAGCUCCAGCCGGGCAAUACUACCCCUCGGCAAUUUCCUAAAGGCCUGAACCUGUUUGCGAAGGAUGGCACUUUGUGCUACACACUUGCAGGAGAUUUCCGCGUGCGAGGAGAAGCGUCAGCGACAGAUCAAGGAGUGCGAACAGUGAACUAUCCUAUUCCAGAAGGUCUCAACAACUAG